AUGACCGGAUACCGCGUUCGAUUCGCCUCGCCAAGCAAAACAUACAACAACCACGUUGGGUGCCAGUCGGCUGUCGGGACCGAUGUCCAGGAUGCUACAGACAAACUACAAGCACGACAAAGGAGUCGAUCGGGUUGUCGAGAAUGUCGCCAGCGGAGAGUCAAAUGCGAUGAGACACUUCCUGUCUGUCAACGCUGCCAACGGCGAGCAACGGUUUGCCAUCCAAGCAUGUUCACCUCUCAGUGGAGGUUCGAAAUGCCGUGGCUGGCAUGCUCCCCCGUAGAAACUGUGCUCUCUGUCCCCAAUCCGGAUAUCAAGGUUGACGGACGAUUGAUGCGGUAUUGGCUUGAUGCGACGAGUCAGAUGUUGUCAGUCGACCCCAGCAACAAUCCCUUCUCAUUCCCGAUCCUCAAAUAUGUCACCGAUUCUGCCUCUCUGGUCCACUUCAUACAGUCGGCCAGCGCAGCGCACGAAGAAUACUUUCAUCAGCCUAAGCUGCCAGUCAGUUUGAGUGAGCGGGGGAAAGCAUUUUCCGCUUUACGGCAGGAGCUUCAGAACAAAAACAGCUCCUUGUCACAUUCAUUUCUCACUCUGCUGAUGCUCGGCAUGUCAUCAUCGUGGAUGUCAUUAGGCCCCACGCAUUACAGGAGGGAGCAUUUGAUUGUUGCUCGUGUCGUCGUGGACAUGAUUCUCCAGAAGGACUAUUCGAGGCUAGACGAGCUCGAUCACCUCACUAUGGGUCUCUAUGUCUACUGGGACAUGGCCUGUUCCUUUUAUAUUGAUCCUGCGUAUCAUCCCACCGAUCGAGCAGCUCUACUUCAAAUGUACAUGAAACAAGGUCGCCACAGGUUCCACGCUAUCACGACUCACUCGAUAGAUCUCUAUUAUCUCCUUGGACAGCUGGGUCGCUACUGCCGAGUAAUCGUGGAAGGGGGCGCUCGUGACCUUGUGUUUGAAUCAUCGGUCGAGGGGAAUCUGAACGAAUACAUAUCAAUUGAAACCGAACGUUCCGCACAGGCGCUCACCAAAGCCUUCCGAAAACAUGAUCUUCUACUUCUAUCGCUUUUGUGGGAGACCGGGGGGCUCUCCGCCCAGCGAUUCUACUACCAUGGGAACCGAAAACUAUGGACACCAGCUCGCACUCGAUAUCGUUGA